AUGAGACACCUCUCCCUAGACUUUCUGUGCAACAGUGAAGUGUCCUCUCCCUUAGCCAACCUCUACUUGGACUUAGCCAACCUCUACUACUUGGACUUAGCCAACCUCUACUUGGACUUAGCCAACCUCUACUACUUGGACUUAGCCAACCUCUACUACUUGGACUUAGCCAACCUCUACUACUUGGACUUAGCCAACCUCUACUACUUGGACUUAGCCAACCUCUACUACUUGGACUUAGCCAACCUCUACUACUUGGACUUAGCCAACCUCUACUUGGACUUAGCCAACCUCUACUACUUGGACUUAGCCAACCUCUACUACUUGGACUUAGCCAACCUCUACUACUUGGACUUAGCCAACCUCUACUACUUGGACUUAGCCAACCUCUACUACUUGGACUUAGCCAACCUCUACUACUUGGACUUAGCCAACCUCUACUACUUGGACUUAGCCAACCUCUACUACUUGGACUUAGCCAACCUCUACUACUUGGACUUAGCCAACCUCUACUUGGACUUAGCCAACCUCUACUACUUGGACUUAGCCAACCUCUACUACUUGGACUUAGCCAACCUCUACUACUUGGACUUAGCCAACCUCUACUACUUGGACUUAGCCAACCUCUACUACUUGGACUUAGCCAACCUCUACUUGGACUUAGCCAACCUCUACUACUUGGACUUAGCCAACCUCUACUACUUGGACUUAGCCAACCUCUACUACUUGGACUUAGCCAACCUCUACUACUUGGACUUAGCCAACCUCUACUACUUGGACUUAGCCAACCUCUACUACUUGGACUUAGCCAACCUCUACUACUUGGACUUAGCCAACCUCUACUACUUGGACUUAGCCAACCUCUACUUGGACUUAGCCAACCUCUACUACUUGGACUUAGCCAACCUCUACUACUUGGACUUAGCCAACUUCUACUACUUGGACUUAGCCAACUUCUACUACUUGGACUUAGCCAACUUCUACUACUUGGACUUAGCCAAUCUCUACUACUUGGACUUAGCCAACUUCUACUACUUGGACUUAGCCAACUUCUACUACUUGGACUUAGCCAACUUCUACUACUUGGACUUAGCCAAUCUCUACUACUUGGACUUAGCCAACCUCUACUACUUGGACUUAGCCAACUUCUACUACUUGGACUUAGCCAACCUCUACUAG